AUGCCUACCAUACCCGAGGACUCCGUAAUGGAGGACUUUGUCAAUUGGGACAAGGCUGAGCCUGCUCUGGGCUUGGCGGACACGGCUCCCCGUUCCGGUACCAACCUCGACUUCCAGCCGGUCCGGGAGAACCAAGACUUCGACUUGGCCCUGGCAAACAUCGAUGGUGAUGACUUUUCCUUCUGGGCCCUGGAGCACUUCGAGACAAGCAACCUUGCCCCCAGUCAUGCUCAGGCUGGACCUCUUCCUCCUCAGUCGUCCAAUGUUGCCGCACUCGACCUCUGUGAAUUCUCAGAUCAUCCAUGCGAUGCCUGUGAGGCAUCAGGCUUCGCCUGCAAGAGGCUAGAGGAAGGCAAGUACAAGGGCUACUGCACUACUUGUGUUGCCCUCAAGAACAACUGCAGCUUUGGUCUCGCACCCUCAGUCGCUUCAACCACGGAGCCGUUUCCGUCGAAUCCAUGGCCUAUUGCGGGCCAACAUGCGAGUCUCGUUAGCGAGGAUGGCAACACGCUGCGAAGCUCUUCAUCUCCAGACCUGGAAACACUGGCCGCCGGUACUGAGUCCCUGCAAGACAACAACCAUAAGCCUCCAGUUACUCCCAAGAUAGGCGCAAGAUUCAGCAGAGAAUCUGUCCGAAUUCUCAAGGCCUGGCUGUCCACCCACUCCACACGGCCGUACCCAACAGACGAAGAGAGGGAGACACUCCAACGACAGACUGGUCUCAACAAGACCCAGAUCGCGAAUUGGCUCGCCAAUGCCCGCCGGAGGAGCAAAGGAAAAUUCCAGCCCACCAGAUCAGCGUCUCCAGGCGUCCGUGGCUACUCCGGCGCCAUCGAUAUCCCUCGGAGAGGCACUCCUUCGGCAGAGCAUAUGAAUCCUCUGCAGAGAUGGCAGAAUUCCCCACCCGGUAAUGAUCAGGCUCUCACACCCCCGGCCGUGAAUUGUCGCUUACUUUAUUCAGAAAAUGAACCCGCUUCCGUGACUGCCAUUGCCUCAGCUAUCCUCAACAACUCUAACUCUUCAGGGCUCGACAGCCCCAACAGCAUGAGCUUGAACUACAACUACACCGACGACGACGCCGAUAGGUCUUGCAAGGGAUCAUCUGCCAGCAGCUUCGUGUACAUUCUGUACGCGUGUCAGGAGCGCCAGUUGGACGAGCGGACCUUCUACCGGAAAGAUCACCUGCGUCAGCACCUGAAACUGGUCCAUAACACCAAGUAUCUGAAUUGGUCAAUGGAUUCGUGGAAGGUUGCCACGCCCGACAUCAAGUCGAGGUGUGGAUUCUGCGGUCUAGCUCUUGCGAGUUGGGGUGUCCGGGUGGACCAUCUCGCUGAGCAUUUCAAGACAGGCUCUGACAUGAAAGACUGGAAGGGGGACUGGGGAUUUGAAAAGGCCGUCUUGUCAAAUGUGGAAAACGCUAUGCCUCCAUGGCUCAUCCAUCAAGAGAGGCAAACCCCUCUCCCAUUUCAGGCCAGCCAGCAGUCGCCGGAGUCGCCACGCAGCGCGUAUGAGCUGAUCAAGAUUGAGCUGGCUUACUAUCUCCGAAACACCCGAGAUUCGAUGGGCGCUAUCCCAUCGGACGAAGAGAUGCAACACGAGGCAUGCCGGAUUAUCUACGCCUCGGAACCCCUCUCGCACAGCGGCCAGGCUCCGGACGCCAGUUGGCUGCGAGAUCUCCUGCUGUCUUCCAAUGAGAUCAAACACAGGGCUCAGCUGAGUCGUUUACGUGGUCCCGCGGAAAAUUGCCUGGGACGACUCCAGAUCAAUGGACAAGAAAACAUCUUCGAAAAUUGCCCAAUGGAAACGCAACUGAAUGACUUCGUCAAGGCUCGAACACUUCUUGGUCUGACUACCACGGAUUACGAGCUACAAGUGGAAGCUUGCAACAUCGUCGGUCGAAUGGAGGAAAAGUCCAUCAUACCGUCCGAGGAGGUUGCCAAUUUCAUGCUACGUCUGAUAUACGGAGAUUUAUCGUGGAUGUCCGACUUCCGUCAGCGAGCUGGACUGCCAGUCCCGAACGGGACCCUGGAUGUGAAGGGCGAGUCCGCCGUCAACUCGACAAUCUACAAUUACUCGCAACUGGAGGUCGAACUAGCAGAGUUCACGAGGAAUCAACGUGCCUUGGGCACUUCACCAACGGACGAUGAGCUCCGCAGCCACGCUCGAUGCGUUGUGCACAAAUGCAGCAAGAGCCAGAAUGAGACCGCAGCUGACAAUAGAGCGUGGCUUGAUGCCUUCAAACAACGGCAUCUUCGAACAGAAACCAGCCAGGUAUCGCCAUCGAACAGUAACUCGCCGGUACAUACACUCGAGCCACUUAUGCAUGGUCUGAACACCACACGGGCCAGUGCAUCAGGCUCUGGUUUUUCUCCUUUUACCGGAUCAGGCACAAAUAGCCCGGCAAACGCGCAUUGUCCCGAAUCCUCUCCAAUGUGCGGCGUCAAGCGUAGCCAGCUCUUUCUGAAUGGCUCAGGAAAUUAUCGUCAACUUGUCCGCGAGCUCGCUCGAUAUGUGGCCUCCGCUAUGUCGCCGAACAACCCGAAUCGGCACAUCCCAACUGAUGAAGAAAUCCGUCACCAGGCCCGGUGGGUUCUCUACGACGAUGACGAUCUUUUUAACGUCACACCGGCAGACAGUGCUGAAUGGCUGAUCCGCUUCAAGCGAACCACUGGCAUUCUGCCCAUCACUGACGGGCCCGGCCUUCCCGACGACUUGGGAAUCGGCGCGGUUGGAUCUGGCCUACGGACGCGGCUGCAGGGUUCCCACUCGGCCUCUGCUUCGCCGAAGCCUGCCAUGCUCGCCCAUGCGCCGUUCACUGGGCAAAAUGCUACAGUGAGCAGUGGUCUCGGCGCAGACUUCAACAUGUUCAACAACCACAGCUACAGAGACUCAAGCAUGUCGGUAUCCAGUAACCCGGGAGCCGUGUUCAGCAGCCACGACUUCGAAGACAAGCUCAUGCAGUUUGCCGUGGCCGAGGUUGCCACUUCAGGACGCAUGCCCGCCGACGAGGCCCUCAUAGCUCGGGCAAAGGAAAUACUAGGAUUCGAAGUGUGGCAGGCCGAGACCACACCUGCGGACGACCCAGAGCUACUAGGACGGUUCAAGGUCCUGGUCGUCGACCGAGUGAGGACCGUCCUUGGGGAUCCGGGCGACAGCAACCACAGCAACAAAAACGGCAGCCCGAUGCUGCCCACAAGCACAAUCUCCUCCCCGGCCCCUACGACGCACCAUUCGGAGCGCGGGAUGGAUGCGAUAGACCCUGGCCUCCUGCCGGACCUCCCGCCAGCUGGUGCAGAUGCGAAGAAGAACAGCGUGUCGCCACUGCCGGGCGAUGUGCAGGUCGCGAUCUCUGAGGCGAGACUUGAGGAGAUUUUGAGAGAGAUUUAA